AAUUCGUUUCUCCCGCGAAUUGUCUACCUUAGUACCUUACCCUUCCUGCUGUGCAUUAUUUCCCAUGUCCAUACUCCAUACUCCUGUUCCUCUCCAACACCGACUACAACUUCCCACUCUCCUCACCACAAGUUCUGCUUCUCUUUUUCGUCAUUCAUCAAUUGUUUUCGAUCAUUCAUCAUCAAUCGUGAUUUAACUCAACUGGGCCUCGUUCAAAUCUUGAAAUUGGUGGUUUGAGCAUAAAAUCACAAGUUUUCAAAAUCUGUUUUUUUGUUUGUUGAGCAAUAAUGGCUUCUUCAAUGCUGCGUGGAGCUGAGAAUCUCGCAAAUAUAAGAGGAAGAGUAUACCCAAACGGAUUAGAGUUUAACGGGUCAGAUUUGCAUGGCAGAAAGUCUUUCCUGAAAAUUAAUCUGGCUAGUGGGAAUUCGAAUUUGAGAGGUAUAAGUAAGAGGCUAGUUGUAACCAAGUGCAGUGUGUCUGUACCAAGGCCAGCUUCACAGCCUAGGUUCAUCCAACACAAAAAAGAGGCGUUUUGGUUUUAUAGGUUUCUUUCAAUUGCAUAUGAUAAUGUGUUCAACCCGGGUCAUUAUACUGAAGACAUGAGAGAUGAAGCCUUGGAACCUGUUGAUCUCAAUAGCCGCGAUAUGAUAGUGGUGGAUGUUGGUGGUGGGACCGGCUUCACAACUUUGGGUAUUGUGAAACAUGUUAAUGCUAAGAAUGUUACCAUUUUGGAUCAAUCGCCACAUCAGCUUGCUAAAGCAAAGCAAAAGGAGCCAUUGACGGAAUGCAAGAUCAUCGAGGGAGAUGCUGAGGAUCUUCCUUUUGAAACAGAUUAUGCAGAUAGAUAUGUAUCAGCCGGAAGCAUUGAGUACUGGCCUGACCCACAACGAGGCAUCAAAGAAGCAUACAGGGUUCUAAAGAUAGGAGGAAAGGCAUGUAUAAUCGGGCCUGUAUAUCCAACCUAUUGGUUGUCUCGUUUCUUUGCAGACAUGUUUAUGCUGUUUCCAAAGGAGGAAGAGUACAUCGAGUGGUUCGAAAAGGCUGGAUUCAAAGAUGUCAAGAUCACAAGGAUUGGCCCAAAAUGGUAUCGUGGGGUCCGUCGCCAUGGUCUUAUCAUCGGCUGCUCUGUUACCGGAGUCAAACCCGUAUCAGGGGAUUCACUGUUGCAGCUGGGCCCCAAAGUAGAGGAGUUGAGGAAGCCGGUGAACCCGCUUGUGUUCCUAGCCCGGUUUCUUGUGGGUGUGAUGGCUAGUGGUUACUAUGCCAUGAUCCCUAUUUACAUGUGGCUCAAGGACCAAAUUGUCCCCAAAGGUCAACCAAUCUAAGUCUUGUGAGAUGGUUCAAGUCUGAGUUGCAUUUUGGUUUGUAUGAUAUGAUAUGAUGCCUUGUUUUCGGUUUAAACUUCAAGACGCUUGUGGUUUGUUUCUGUUUAAAGUGUAACAAAAGUUUCAUGUCACAUUUAUAUGUGGUUUGUUUCUGUUUAAAGUGUAUUGACAUGAAAGUGGAUAUUCCAGCUAU